AUGGUGCGCAAUCAACAAAUCCCCCCUGGGCUCCCCGAUGCGCUACACGAACUCGACACUGACCUGCUUAUUCUUCCAGCUCGCCUGUUCAACUCCUCUCCUAUCUCACCGCGAACAUGCCGCACUCUCCUGACCAAAAUUGCCGUUCUCCUCUUCACUGGAGAGCAGUUCCCGACAAAUGAAGCCACGACCCUCUUCUUCGGCAUCUCUAAGCUCUUCCAGAACAAGGACCCGUCAUUGCGGCAAAUGGUUUAUCUGAUCUUGAAGGAGCUGUCUGGUACCGCCGAAGAUGUGAUCAUGUCGACAAGUAUCAUUAUGAAGGAUACGGCAGUGGGCAGCGAUGUUCUGUACCGGGCCAAUGCCAUCAGGGCGCUUUGCCGCAUUAUUGAUGGUUCCACAGUGCAGGGUAUCGAGCGACUGAUCAAGACCGCCAUUGUUGACAAGACACCCUCUGUGUCCUCCGCCGCCCUGGUGUCCUCCUACCACCUUCUCCCCAUUGCGCGCGACGUUGUCAGGAGAUGGCAGAGCGAAACACAAGAAGCCGCCUCGUCAUCGAAGUCAUCAACCGGUUUCCUUGGUUUCGGUUCCAGCGCCCAGAGCCACGCCAUCUCCAACUCGAACUUCAUGAACCAAUACCAUGCGAUUGGUCUCCUGUACCAGAUGCGCUCCCACGAUCGGAUGUCGUUGGUCAAGAUGGUGCAACAAUACGGUGCUGCGGGUGUGGUGAAGAGCCCGGCUGCUUUGGUUCUGCUCGUGCGUCUAGCGGCCAAGCUGGCCGAAGAGGACCAGGGUCUCCGGAAACCAAUGAUGCAGAUGCUGGAUGGCUGGCUCCGUCACAAGCAUGAGAUGGUCAACUUCGAGGCCGCCAAGGCCAUUUGCGACAUGCGCGAUGUCACCGAUGCAGAGGCCACCCAGGCAGUUCACGUCUUGCAGCUCUUCCUCUCCUCCCCCCGGUCCAUCACCAAGUUCGCUGCUAUUCGCAUUCUCCACAACUUUGCCUCAUUCAAGCCCCACGUCGUCAACGUAUGCAACCCCGAUAUCGAGUCCCUUAUCUCCAACUCGAACCGCUCUAUCGCCACGUUCGCCAUCACCACAUUGCUGAAGACCGGCAAUGAGGCUAGCGUCGACCGCCUGAUGAAGCAAAUCUCGGGCUUCAUGGCCGAUAUCACCGACGAGUUUAAGGUCACCAUUGUCGAGGCCAUUCGUACAUUGUGCUUGAAGUUCCCCAGCAAGCAGGCUGGUAUGCUCGUUUUCUUGAGCGGCAUCCUGCGGGACGAGGGUGGCUACGAGUUCAAGCGCACUGUUGUUGAGAGCAUGUUUGAUCUGAUCAAGUUUGUUCCCGAAAGUAAAGAAGAUGCUCUUGCCCACCUGUGUGAGUUCAUUGAGGACUGCGAAUUCACCAAGCUCUCCGUCCGAAUUCUUCACCUGCUCGGAUCUGAGGGACCCAAGACUACCCACCCAACCAAGUACAUCCGUUAUAUUUACAACCGUGUCGUGCUUGAGAACGCUAUUGUCCGCGCUGCCGCUGUUACGGCAUUGGCCAAGUUCGGUGUUGGACAGAAGGACCCCGAGGUCAAAUCAAGUGUUCACGUUCUGCUCACUCGUUGUCUUGACGACACCGACGACGAGGUGCGAGACCGUGCUGCGCUCAAUCUGCGCCUCAUGGCUGAAGAGGAUGAGGCCGCCAGUGCCUUUAUCAAGAAUGACUCAAUGUACUCUCUCUCCACUUUCGAGCACCAGCUAGUCAUGUACGUGACUUCUGGAGACAAGCAGACCUUCGCCACUGCUUUCGACGUCGCAACCAUUCCCGUUGUUUCCCAAGAGCAGGCUCUGGCAGCAGAGCGGACACAGAAGCUCACCUCCGCCACACCAACGCUCAAGGCCCCUUCAACCGGUCCCCCGAAGGGCAAGGCCGCUGGCGGUAUGGCCGAGGCUGCUACCGCCUCCGCCACUCAGAAGUACGCAGAGCAACUCCUGCAGUACCCCGACAUCAAGGCGUACGGUACUUUGCUCAAGUCCUCCGCUCCUGUCGAGCUGUCCGAGAGCGAAACCGAGUAUGUUGUCACGGCCAUCAAGCACAUCUUCAAGGAGCACAUUGUUGUGCAAUAUGACAUCAAGAACACACUCCCAGAUACCAUCCUCGAGAAUGUUACUGUGGUAGCCACCCCCGAGGAGGAGGAUGUAUUGGAGGACGACUUCAUCAUCCCCGCCCCUACCGUCCCCACCAAUGAGCCCGGUGUUGUCUACGUGGCUUUCAAGAAGCUCGCCGGCGAGAACAGUGUUUCCAUCACCUCAUUCACAAACAACCUCAAGUUCACUAGCAAAGAAAUUGACCCCACAACGGGCGAACCAGAGGACAGUGGCUACGAGGAUGAGUACCAAGUGGAAGACCUCGAGCUCACUGGCAGCGACUACGUUAUCCCGACCUUCGCCGGAAGCUUCGACCACGUCUGGGAACAAACCGGUGCCAACGGCGAGGAAGAAAGCGAGACUUUGCAGCUCAGCAACAUGAAGGGUAUCAACGAUGCCACGGAACAGCUGAUCUCCGCGCUGUCUCUCCAACCUCUCGAGGGUUCCGACGUCGCUCUCAACAGCAGCACACACACACUCAAGCUGUUCGGAAAGACCGUCUCCGGUGGCCGUGUCGCUUCCUUGAUCAAGAUGGCCUACUCAAGCAAGGCUGGCGUUACAACCAAGAUCACCGUCCGAGCGGAAGAGGAGGGUGUUGCCGCGGCUGUGAUUGCUUCUGUGUCUUAA